AGAGGAUAACUUUUGUUUUCAAUAAAAUCUUCAUCUUUUUUGAGCAACUUUUUCCAUUAAAAUCUCUAUUCUCGAAAAUCAGAUUAAAAUUCUGAUCUUAAGAGACGGGCCCUAAAUUUGGGCUUGUUCUCAGCCCAUUUAAUAUGACUUUGAGGCCUUACUCUUCCCUGUGGUUCACCUCAAAAUGGUGGAGGAGCAACGGCGAAGUAGUAGUGGUUGGUCUAGGGUUUUAAACUCAGUGCCUCCGCCAUGAAAACACGGCGUCGUAACCUCUCCGGGAAUGAUCUAACCACUACCAGACGUAAUACUCGAUCGAAGACCUUAGAGAAUGGAAGAGACAACUCAUUACCAUUUCCAGUCGAUCUCAUCAUGGAGAUAUUCUCGAGGCUGCCGGUGAAGUCAAUAGCUACAUGUAGGUGCGUUUCGAAGACGUGGUCCUCCGUCCUUCGCCGUCAAGAUUUCACGGAGCUGUUCUUGAGCAGGUCACGCACACUCCCCAAGCUGUUGCUCGCCUACCAAAAGGACGGUGACUUGUUCUUCUUCUCUGCACCUCAGCCGCAAAAUCCGGAUGAGAAUUCGUCUCCUGUAGUGGCCACUUAUCGUAUGAAGUUGUCUUUUGAUGCCUACUUCCGUAAUGGUGCGUUUGGAAUAAAUGGGCUUGAUCAUGGCUUGGUGGGUCUUAGUGGAAGGACACAUUCGGUCAUAUGUAACCCUAGCACUGGACAAUCUUUGCCUUUCACCAGGGCGAAGACAAGGUCAAUGAGUUUGUUUGGGUAUGAUCCUAUUGAUAAACAAGUCAAGGUGUUGUCCAUGUGGGGAGCAAAGUUUUCUGGACUGCUCAAUGUGGUGGCUGAGGAGUAUCAAGUUCUGACAUUAGGAACAGAAAACCCGUCGUGGAGAACGAUCGAUUGUGGAUGCAUACUCAGUUAUUAUUCUCAACAUGUGAGGCAAAAAUGCAUCAAUGGUGUUUUGUACUAUUUAUCUACUGACAUGUCUACAGAGACUACUGUGUUAGUUUGCUUUGACGUUAGGUCUGAGAAGUUCAGCUUUGUUAAAGUUAAGACGUUUGUCACUGAGGGAACUAUGAUCAACUACGAUGGUAAAUUAGGUUUCCUUCGGGCUGGAAAAUCUGUCUGCGCUUAUAGAGAAAGUAGAAUUGUUAACCUGUGGGUACUAGAAGAUAUCGAGAAGCAGGAAUGGUCCGAGCGUACGUUUGUAUUGCCCGCUUUGUGGGAGGAUGUUGUUGGGAGUGCAAUAUUAGGCUUUGUUGGAAUGACGCGGACAAAUGAGAUUGUGAUGAGGCCGCUGAGUAUUCUACCAAUACCUUUGUACCUAUUCUUCUUCAAUACCAAGAGGAAUACUGUCGUUAGGAUUGCAAUCCAAGGAAUGGAUGUGUCUGAGUAUGAUAAAGUUCACAUCUUUCUGGACCAUGUAGAUAAUGUGGAGCUUAUGUAAGUGUUUAGGUACUUCAAAACCUGAGACUUUGUUUGGCUAUCUGUGUUCUAAGUUAAGAUUGUUGCUUUAUACUCUCUUCUCUUUAGAUGGAAAGCUACUUUGUGCUUUGUACUCUCUUCUCUUUAAAGCUACUUUAUGAUUA